GAUAGCUUUGGGCACCUGCUUUACAUCGAUUGAUUCCACGUCCAAUACCUAGAUAGUCAGUCACAAAUAUCUGCUAUUUCUCCUCCAACAUAUCAAACUACAUGAUAAUAGAUCAAUAUUGUACUUCGAUAGUUUCCCAGGUAUGACACAGCCAUGACAUAUAUGAGUGAAAUUUUGCGCAAGGAUCGGACCAUUCUUUCAAGAUACUGCGCAUCCAAAUAAAUUAACAAAUUAACAAGUCUUACCUUACCACUGACGACACCAACCCCUCCUCCCCACCGCUUUCCCAUCCACAUUCGACGAAUAUCGGUGUACACGAUAUUGUCCAUUAUAUUUGUUUGAUACCUACAGUCAAAUCUAUUGAAUACCCUCUGAAGUGAUAUAUCUCCCUCGCAAAUUUUGCCCGGGUAUCGAUAAUCAGGGUGUCGAGCAUCAUCCUGUCAAUCUUCGAGAUGCAAGCCCCGAUGAUAUCAGCGCCUCUUAAGGCAACCAACGAAAUCGACUGGAUCCAGCCGUUGAAGAAUUAUAUCAGACAGACAUAUGGCGACGACCCGGAACGAUAUGCGGAGGAAUGUGCUACCUUGAACCGCUUGCGACAGGAUAUGCGAGGAGCAGGGAAGGACAGUGCUGCUGGAAGGGACCUACUCUACAGAUAUUAUGGACAGCUGGAACUAUUGGACCUGCGAUUUCCGGUCGAUGAGAAUCACAUCAAAAUCUCCUUUACUUGGUUCGAUGCGUUUACACACAAAGCCACUGCACAAUACUCUCUGGCGUACGAAAAAGCUUCGAUCAUAUUCAACAUUUCUGCCGUACUUUCAUGCCAUGCAGCGCAUCAAAACCGAUCAGAGGACUCCGGUCUGAAAACCGCAUAUCAUUCUUUCCAAGCAUCCGCUGGCAUGUUCACUUAUAUUAAUGAGAACUUUCUCCAUGCACCAUCUACGGACUUAAGUCGAGAUACAGUUAAGACUUUGAUUCAGAUUAUGCUUGCUCAGGGCCAGGAAGUGUUUCUUGAAAAGCAAAUUGCCGAUGGUAAAAAGGUUGGGCUAUUAGCAAAACUUGCUAGCCAAGCAAGCUAUUUGUAUUCUCAAGCGCUUGAAGGAACCCAGGACAACGUGAAUAAGGCCAUAUUCGAAAAGGUCUGGCUUCUGGUGGUACAAAUCAAAGCAAAUUACAUGUCAUCUCUGGCUCAAUAUUAUCAGGCUCUUGCGGAUGAUGAUGCAAAUUCACAUGGUGUAGCUAUUGCGAGAUUACAGGCAGCAGAAAUAUCAUCUAAGGAUGCCAGUAAAUUUGCAAACAGUUUCCCUGGAAAUGUGCCCGUCAAUUCAAACUUCACUUCAGAGACAGGCACGACCUUGAUAGAAAUUAAUAGGCGUCAUCUUACCAAUGUCCAGGAAAAACUUGCUGAGCUUAUCAAGGAUAAUGACUAUAUCUAUCACCAGACUGUUCCAGCCGAAGCGGCUCUCACUGUGAUCCCAAAACUUCCUGCUGCUAAAGCGAUACCAGUUAGCGAACUCUAUGCUGGUCAAGAUAUUCAACGUAUCACGGGACCUGACAUCUUCCAAAAGAUAGUUCCCAUGUCUGUGACGGAAUCAGCUAGCUUAUACGACGAGGAAAAGGCUAAAUUGGUACGUGCAGAGACGGAACGUGUAGAAACUGCCAACAGUGAGAUGGCUGCAAGUCUUGACUAUCUCAGAUUACCUGGAGCGUUACAAGUUCUUAAGGGUGGUUUUGAUCAAGAGCUGAGCGGGGGCGAAGAUUUCAGGAACUGGUGCGAUGAUUUAGCUGGACAUGUUUCCCCAAUGUCAACCUUCGAUUCUUUGAAAUCUAGCAAAGAAGCUAUAGUGUCAAUAUUGGAAAAGAGCAGCAAACAGUUGGAUAUGGAGGAGAGUGUUUGUGAGAAAAUGCGAUCAAAGUACGAAGGAGAAUGGACUCAGCAACCGAGCUCUCGGCUCACAUCUACACUUCGAAACGAUAUACGAAAUUAUCGAGAAGCCCUUGAGGAGGCUGCUCGCAGCGAUAAUCAGCUUUACUCGAAAAUAUGCCAGCAUGAAGUUGACUUUGACGAGAUGCGCUCUGCUGGUGAGCUCGGUGAGUCUGAUGUGCUCUUCCAAAGAGCGUUGAUUCAGGUCGGUGGAAAGUCGAGAAAUGCUGCUGGAAGUCCUAGCGCACGUGAAGGAAAUCUACUAGAUGAUGAUUUCGAUGAUGGAAAAAAGAGUGUCACAGACCAGAUAGCCAAAGUUGAGGACAUACUUAAGAAAUUGAAUUUGGUCAAGCGGGAAAGGUCACAAGUUUUAAAAGAUCUUAAGGAAAAGGCGCAUAACGAUGACAUUUCUCACGUUCUCAUCCUCAACAAAAAAGGCAUCUCAAAUUAUGAGAAUCAGCUUUUCCAAGCAGAGCUUGAGAAGUAUCGACCUCAUCAGAGUCGUUUAUUGUCUGCGAACCACAAACAGUCUUCACUAAUGAAGGAACUAACACUCACAUUUAAUGAUCUUCUGCAAGACAAGAGAGUCCGAUCCGAGCAAAGCAAAUAUGAGACGAUGACCCGUCAACGAUCAUCAGUGAUGUCGAAGUAUAAGCGGAUCCAUCAAGAAUAUCUAGAUCUACAAGCAGGUCUCGAAGGUGCUAAACAGUGGUAUACCGAGAUGAAGGAUACUGUUAAUAGUCUUGAUAAGAAUGUCGAGACAUUUGUCAAUAAUCGUAGGUCAGAGGGUGCUCAGCUUUUAAAUCAAAUCGAGCAAGAUCGGGCAAGCAAUGCAAAUGGGCAUGCGGAUAGGGAGCGUGAACGUCUUAGAGGAUUGAUGGAGCGCAUGUCUAUGGACCCGUCGACCUCGCCAACAUCAAGCAAACCUCCUCGUAGGGGAUCUAAUGCAUACAGUAAUACAUCUCCAUCGACAAGGUAUCCAAGUACAAACUUUGCUGGACAGUACCAGGUACCAACAUCGCCGCCUCCACAAACCACGACUGCACCUCCUGCACGUGGCUCUAUACCAGCCUCUGCCAAUGGAGGAUAUUACCCUCAACAACAACCUCAGAGAGCCGACCCAUACAGCUCAGCCCCCGGAAGAUCUUCGCCAUAUGGACAAUACAACCCAAGCACGCAUUCGCGUAAUCCCUCCCAACCCCUUUCGCCUCCACCAAACCAGAGCCAAUUCCCACGUUCACCUCCGCCACAGCAAACUCAGUUUCAACAGAAUCAACAUCCAUACGCGACAAUGGCACCGCAACAACAAGGCCAAUAUGUGCCAGCUGGCUAUGUACCACCACCCCCACCACCUGGACCGCCACCCCUUGGCCCUCAACAAACAUACCACCAACCCAGUGGCUCUAUGGCAGGUCAUAACGAUUAUGGAUAUGGAAACAGUGCUACUUCUCAUCAACGUGGUCAAUCACAGCAAAGUGCGAGCGAUCCUUGGGCUGGACUUAAUGCAUGGAAGUGAGGAAUGUCGAGUCUAUCGGGGCGUUUUCAGUCACAGGAUGAGCGGAUUACUCGGGGAAUAACACCUUGGCUUAUGGGGGACAUGGCGCCGAGGAAGAAGGAAUGAGUAAAUGAAGAAUGUGAUACCAAUUCAUUGCGGCAAUGGCACGGAGGGAGGCAGAAAAUGUAUUUUUAUCCAUUGAAUCACAGAACCGUCCGGUCUACUUGAUAUUCCAAUAGCCAUCACGUAAGCAAUUUUGCAAAUGCACAUACACGCUUGUAGUCAAUAUUGUCAAAUGUGGCCGAAUAUGGUCAAGACUACAAGUGUUUAGAAGCCCAGGAGAUAUGAGUACACGAAUACUAUGGACAUUCAAGUUGAGAAAGGAAAUUUGUAAUCAUCUUCCCCGUAAUUUAACAAAUGAAGAAUGAGAGUGUUAAUUGAAUUUUAUUUCGACCGAGUCUUUAAUUUAACUGGUACA